AUGCUGUCGUCCACUCAAUUCCUUACAAUACUAGCCGCAGUGAGCGCCCUAGCGGCCCCAGAUCAUCUGCGGUCACGUCGUCUGGAUGUGUUAAACGCGAGGUCGUGGAGACGGGAUGUUUUCGAAGACAGGCUGCACAACCUCACUUUCGUCCAUGUGAACGAUGUGCACGCCCAUUUAGACCAGUAUCGCAAGUCGGGAACUGACUGCGACCCUCCAUCCCCGGACUGUGUAGGAGGCUACUCCAGGAUUAAGACAAAAGUAGAGGAGAUACGCUCCACCACACCAAAUACUCUGCUUCUUAAUAUGGGCGACGAAUUCCAGGGCACUCUUUUUUACUCAUUCUACGGAGGCUCCAAGAUAGCAGAAACAGUAAAUGACCUCAACUUUGAUGCAAUGACGAUCGGCAAUCACGAAUUCGAUGGCGGAGAUGAUCAAUUGGCCAGUUAUCUCCACAACGUGACGGCUCCUGUUGUGAGCGCCAAUAUCAAGACAAACAACCACUGGCUGUCUUCCCGUAUCAAGCCUUACCACGUGUUUCCUGAACAUUCGCUGGCUGUUAUCGGGCUUACUACAAUUCACACCAAGACGACCUCAAGCCCAGGACGUGACACGGAAUUCCUGGAUCCCGUUGAAGCGCUCCAGAGAACGGUAGAUGAGAUUAAUGCGAAAGAGAACGUGGGCCGUAUCAUCGCGAUGACACAUAUCGGUUACGAAGACGACGUGGAUCUAGCCAGGCGAACUCGUGGCAUUCAUUUGAUAUUGGGUGGCCAUUCACACACUCUUCUCGGCGAUUUCGACGAAGCUGAAGGCCCGUACCCAACGAUUCAAAGGAACCUGGACGGAGAGGAAGUAUUCAUUGUCACAGCUUGGAGAUGGGGCCAAGUUCUCGGGUUUAUCAAUAUUGCGUUUGAAAAUGGUCCAGGGGGGCGUGUGCUUGAAUAUACUGGUGGACCCAUUGUCAUGGACAGUUCCAUUCCUCGAGAUACGGAGCUCCAGGCCAAGGUGGAUGCAUGGCGCAAGCCAUUCGACGAGUACUCGAAAAAAGUGGUCGGCUGGACAAAUGGAGAUCUUGAUCAGACCCGCUGUCAGAUCGAAGAAUGCACAUUGGGCAACCUAAUCACCGAUGCAAUGUUGGAUUAUCGACUGGACGCUGGCGGAAAGGUUCAUGGUGCAAUUAUGAAUGCCGGUGGCAUCCGAGCAACUAUUCCUCAAGGGAACGUCACGCGAGGCGCCAUCGUGACCUCAUUUCCUUUCGGGAAUGCUGUCGUGGACCUUGAGUUCUCUGGAAGGGAGCUCUGGGACAUGUUUGAAGGCAUCGUGAGCAGAAGGAAUUCAGCGAAUAAAGAAGUCACAUCAUUUGUACAAGUUUCUCGAGGGGUAGCCUUCUCAUACAAUCCCAGCGUGGCUGCCGGUUCUCGCCUACGGUCUCUAAAUUUGACUUCUGAUAUUAAAAUUACUCCCGACGAUCAAAAUCGUUAUGUUGUCACAACCAUCGAUUUUGUUGCCGCUGGAGGUGAUGGCUUCCUCAAUCCUCCCAGAAAACCUGGGCCUCCGCUCAACACCCUGGAUGAUGUUCUCGCAGACUAUAUCCGUGCCAAGUCGCCUUACACACCCUUCAAGGAGGGACGAAUCACCAAACUUGAGGGUUACCGGGGCUCGGGACAGGAUAUACUAAAGACCUGUAUUGGACUCCGCUGCCGUUCUCUCCCGGCUUAA